AUGGAUCAUAGAAGAGCGAAAUUUGACAAAGUAUCUUUGAUAAAAAUAGACCUUUUACAGUUUGGUGUCGAGUUCUGCCGAAGAACUAGGGUCAACUCUACCCGAUUACAGCGCCUCAAUACUGGGUUUGGAAAGUCUACGAACGGUGGGAGUGAUGGCGAUGAUGCAUCUGUCAGCUCUACAUCAGCGGCUCCUGUAGAGCCGACUCCUACUCCAGAACCAGUGACAAUUUCAUCAACGCAGAUUGAGCCUUUAGAGCGGCUUGAGGUUGAAUCGAGUGGUAUAUCUGCGCCGACGACAACAACUAAAUCCAAAACACCAUCCGGCUUGUUCAGCGUAGAAUCGAACUCUAAAUUAGACGGUUCUAACACCGAACUCGUCGUAAUUCAAACGGCGGAUCCAACGCCGCCAAGGAACGCGCAGCCACCGGCUACCACUGCUCCUGGAAGUACAUUUGCACCCCCUACGCCGACGGUUGAUGAACCAUCGUCUGCGUCUGCAAGUACAUUGCAUAUGUUUGGCCGAAGCAGCUUCAAUUCGUUUGUUGUGUGCUUGCUUGCCUUAUUGUUGGUUUUUUGA